GAAGUGAGUGCGAUAAUUCUUCGUCCCACGUUCAUAUUCGGCGAAGGGGAACCACAUUUGGUAUCAAUGGCCAAGAAGGUUUGCAUGGCGCAAGGCGGAAUACCGAAUAUAAACGGCGAUGAUCGAGGCAAUCAUCAGUUUGUUAUACACAUUAAGAUAUACGCUGGUAAUAUGGCAGCGAUCAUGGAGCGAUGUUUACGGUGCUUGAUCGACGAACCCGAAAAGUACAAUAACGAAGUGAUUUUUUGUGUUGAUCGAACUACGUGCACACCCUUCAAAGACUUCAUAUUACCGUACAUGAAGGCCGCUGGUUUCAAGCAUUGUGAAGCGCAAAGUUAUUUGCGUUCGUUCAUCUCGGCAGCCUAUACAUCACUCUUGUCCAAAUUCGAUCCUGGCACAUGUCGCGAUCAUCUAACGCUCAAUGCACAUCGCUUUCUCAACGGUAAAACCCUUUCAACUGUACAAUAA